GAUUUCAUCCACAGUCGAUGUCAUAAAUCUGAAAUCUUUCUUUUUGUCUUGGUCGUUCGCCUCGUCAACGUGUCUUGAAGCAAGAUUCCAAAAUGCCUACCGAUCCCAAAGCUUUUAUGAAAGAUUUCCUCGCCGGAGGAAUAUCCGCCGCCGUAGCAAAAACAGCGGUUGCCCCAAUCGAAAGGGUAAAGUUGCUCCUUCAAGUACAAGCAGCCAGCAAACAAAUCUCUUCAGAAAAUGCUUACAAGGGAAUGGUGGAUUGUUUCAUUCGUAUCCCCAAAGAACAGGGUGCCUUGAGUUACUGGAGAGGUAAUAUGGCAAAUGUGAUCAGGUACUUCCCUACUCAGGCUUUGAACUUUGCCUUCAAGGAUGUCUACAAACAGGUCUUUUUGGGAGGUGUUGACAAGAAGACACAAUUCUGGAGAUACUUUGCUGGAAAUUUGGCAUCUGGUGGUGCAGCUGGGGCCACUUCUCUGUGUUUUGUAUAUCCCCUUGAUUUUGCCAGAACUCGUCUCGGUGCUGACGUAGGCAAAGGUACAACCGACCGACAAUACUCUGGUCUGAUCGAUUGCAUCAAAAAGACCGUCAAGAGUGACGGAAUUGUCGGUCUAUACAGAGGGUUCGCCGUGUCUGUACAGGGUAUUAUUAUCUACCGUGCCGCCUACUUUGGUUUCUUCGACACUGCCAAGGGAAUGUUGCCGGAUCCCAAGAACACGCCGUUCUUGAUUUCUUUCCUCAUCGCCCAAACUGUGACCACCGUAUCCGGAAUCGUUUCUUAUCCAUUCGACACUGUGAGGAGGCGCAUGAUGAUGCAGUCCGGCCGUGCCAAGUCCGAAAUCAUGUACAAGAACACCAUCGACUGCUGGGCCAAGAUAGCUAAGAACGAGGGCCCUAGCGCCUUCUUCAAGGGCGCCUUCUCCAACGUCCUUCGCGGGACUGGAGCAGCUCUCGUACUCGUCUUCUAUGAUGAAGUCAAAGCUCUACUAUAAAUAUAGCAUAGUGAAAUUGAAAUUACCAUGACCAAUUUGAUUUAAUUUAUUUUUUUGUGAAACUUUAUGAACACCAUUCCAACACAACUUAUGCUCCAUUCCUGUAUUACUGUAAUCUGGUAUUAUUUUGUUGAAUGUCAAAUGGCGUUGGCCCAAUUGAAAUAUUUUUUAAUGUCUGUAUUUUUAGAAGCAACGGGUUUGUGAUAAAAAUUUUAUAUAAGCAAUAAAUGUUAUAUUUGU